AUGACCGAGAAGCCAGUGAGAGAUAAAGAAAUUAGGGUUUUGCGUGAGAUCGCCAGGCAGUUCCGUGCAUUCAACUUGGAACUUGAGAUGAUUGAUGUUUGGGUGACAGAGAUCAAAGAAGUUGACACAACACUGAUCCCUGUUCCAUCAAGCACCGCGGCCCAGGUAUUUGUUCCUUUCGAAAGCCUCAACUUUAUCCUCAUGGAAUGCAUUACUGCUUCAGGACCCAUGCGAGGCUUUAUUAUCAGGAACCAGGCACGGGAGUUGUUGAAAUAUAUACAGACCUAUACGGAGGAGUACCACCUAUUUCAGAAUCCACGGGUUUAUUUUGACAUUGGUAGAUAUAUAGAAAGACUCAACCCAGGCAAAUAUGACGAGAAGGCGAAUGAUGUUGUUCUCCCGGGAGGUCGCGAAUAG